CCGCGCGGGAGUGUGUGAGGGGCGCGGGCUUGUGGGACUGAGGCUGCCGACGGCGGUCAUGGGAGCGGGCUGGGGGCGGCCGUAGUUGUCGGAGCCUGGGCUUCAGCUUCCCCGAGCCCCAGAGGGCGGGACAGUCCCGGCCCGGCGGUGGCGGCGCCACUUCCCCGCUCCCGCCCUCGGGGUCCUGAGGGAGCUCGCGGCGGAGGAACGGACCGGGCGGCGCGAAUCUGACUGAGGGGCGGGGACGCCGUCUGUUCCUCGCCGUUCUCGGCCGGGCCUGGCCGGCCUCUCCGACACCCCCAGGUCCCGGGGCGCUGAGACCCGAAACCGGAGCUCGAGGCGGGCGGUGGGCCCGGGCGGAGCCCCGGCCGGAGCCGGCGGUUCGAGGGCGGCGCUAGGCCCCGAGGCGGCCGGGCCGGAGCGCGGGGAGCGGGGUGCGGGCCCGGCGGUGGCGGCGGCAUGAGCCGGCCCCCGCCGACGGGAAAGAUGCCCGGCGCCCCCGAGGCCGUGUCGGGGGACGGCGCGGGCGUGAGCCGCCAGAGGAAGCUGGAGGCGCUCAUCCGAGACCCUCGGUCGCCCAUCAACGUGGAGAGCUUGCUGGAUGGCUUAAAUUCCUUGGUCCUUGAUUUGGAUUUCCCUGCUUUGAGGAAAAACAAAAAUAUAGAUAAUUUCUUAAAUAGAUAUGAGAAAAUUGUGAAAAAGAUCAGAGGUCUACAGAUGAAGGCAGAAGACUACGAUGUUGUAAAAGUUAUUGGAAGAGGUGCUUUUGGUGAAGUCCAGUUGGUUCGUCAUAAGGCAUCACAGAAAGUUUAUGCUAUGAAGCUUCUUAGUAAGUUUGAAAUGAUAAAAAGGUCAGAUUCUGCUUUUUUCUGGGAGGAAAGAGAUAUUAUGGCCUUUGCCAACAGUCCCUGGGUGGUUCAGCUCUUUUGUGCCUUUCAAGAUGAUAAGUAUCUGUACAUGGUAAUGGAGUACAUGCCUGGUGGAGACCUUGUAAACCUUAUGAGUAACUAUGAUGUACCUGAAAAAUGGGCCAAAUUUUAUACUGCUGAAGUUGUUCUUGCUUUGGAUGCCAUACACUCCAUGGGUUUAAUUCACAGAGAUGUGAAGCCUGACAACAUGCUUUUGGAUAAACAUGGACAUCUAAAAUUAGCAGAUUUUGGCACAUGUAUGAAGAUGGAUGAAACAGGCAUGGUGCAUUGUGAUACAGCAGUUGGAACACCUGAUUAUAUAUCACCUGAGGUCCUGAAAUCACAAGGGGGUGAUGGUUACUAUGGGCGAGAAUGUGAUUGGUGGUCUGUGGGUGUUUUCCUUUUUGAGAUGCUGGUGGGGGAUACUCCAUUUUAUGCAGAUUCACUGGUAGGAACAUAUAGCAAAAUUAUGGAUCAUAAAAACUCACUAUGUUUCCCCGAAGAUGCAGAAAUUUCUAAACAUGCGAAGAAUCUCAUCUGUGCCUUCUUAACAGAUAGGGAGGUACGACUUGGAAGAAAUGGGGUAGAAGAAAUCAAACAACAUCCUUUCUUUAAGAAUGAUCAAUGGAAUUGGGAUAACAUAAGAGAGACGGCAGCUCCUGUGGUACCUGAACUCAGCAGUGACAUAGACAGCAGCAAUUUUGAUGACAUUGAAGAUGAUAAAGGAGAUGUAGAAACCUUCCCAAUUCCUAAAGCUUUUGUGGGAAAUCAGCUGCCUUUUAUAGGAUUUACCUACUAUAGAGAAAAUUUGCUAUUAAGUGACUCUCCAUCUUGUAAAGAAAAUGAUUCAAUACAAUCAAGGAAAAACGAAGAGAGUCAAGAGAUUCAGAAAAAACUAUACACAUUAGAAGAACACCUUAGCAGUGAGAUACAAGCCAAAGAGGAACUAGAGCAGAAGUGCAAAUCUGUUAAUACUCGCCUAGAGAAAGUAGCAAAGGAGCUAGAAGAAGAGAUUACCUUAAGGAAAAAUGUGGAAUCAGCAUUAAGACAAUUAGAAAGAGAAAAGGCGCUUCUUCAGCACAAAAAUGCAGAAUAUCAGCGGAAAGCUGAUCAAGAAGCAGACAAGAAGCGAAAUUUGGAGAAUGAUGUUAACAGUUUAAAAGAUCAACUUGAAGAUUUGAAAAAAAGGAACCAGAACUCUCAAAUAUCCACUGAGAAAGUGAAUCAACUCCAGAGACAACUGGAUGAAACCAAUGCUUUGCUGCGAACAGAAUCUGAUACUGCAGCCCGGCUAAGAAAAACCCAGGCAGAAAGUUCAAAACAGAUUCAACAGCUGGAAUCUAACAAUAGAGAUCUACAAGAUAAAAAUUGCCUGCUGGAGACUGCCAAGUUAAAACUUGAAAAGGAAUUUAUCAAUCUUCAGUCAGUUCUAGAAUCUGAAAGGAGGGACCGAACCCAUGGAUCAGAGAUUAUUAAUGAUUUACAAGGUAGAAUAUCUGGCCUAGAAGAAGAUUUAAAGAAUGGCAAAAUCUUAUUAGCAAAAGUAGAGAUUGAGAAGAGACAACUACAGGAGAGACUUACUGAUUUGGAAAAGGAGAAGAACAACAUGGAAAUAGAUAUGACAUACCAACUAAAAGUUAUACAGCAGAGCUUAGAACAAGAAGAGGCUGAACAUAAGGCUACAAAAGCACGGCUGGCAGAUAAAAAUAAGAUUUAUGAAUCCAUUGAAGAAGCUAAAUCAGAAGCCAUGAAAGAAAUGGAGAAAAAGCUCUUGGAGGAAAGAACUUUAAAACAGAAAGUAGAGAACUUGUUGCUGGAGGCUGAGAAAAGAUGCUCUAUAUUAGACUGUGACCUCAAACAGUCACAGCAGAAAAUAAACGAACUCCUCAAACAGAAAGAUGUGCUAAAUGAGGAUGUUAGAAACUUGACAUUAAAAAUAGAGCAGGAAACUCAGAAGCGCUGCCUUACACAAAAUGACUUGAAGAUGCAAACACAGCAAGUUAACACACUAAAAAUGUCAGAAAAGCAGUUGAAACAAGAGAAUAAUCAUCUCCUAGAAAUGAAAAUGAGCUUGGAAAAACAGAAUGCUGAACUUCGAAAAGAACGUCAAGAUGCAGAUGGGCAAAUGAAAGAGCUCCAAGAUCAGCUUGAAGCAGAGCAGUAUUUCUCAACCCUCUAUAAAACACAGGUUAGGGAACUUAAAGAAGAAUGUGAAGAAAAGACCAAACUUUGUAAAGAAUUACAGCAGAAGAAACAGGAAUUACAGGAUGAAAGGGACUCCUUGGCUGCUCAACUGGAGAUUACCUUAACCAAAGCAGAUUCUGAGCAACUGGCUCGCUCAAUUGCUGAAGAACAAUAUUCUGAUUUGGAAAAAGAGAAAAUCAUGAAAGAGCUGGAGAUCAAAGAGAUGAUGGCUAGACACAAACAGGAACUCACUGAAAAAGAUGCUACAAUUGCGUCUCUCGAAGAAACUAAUAGGACACUGACCAGUGAUGUUGCCAAUCUUGCAAAUGAGAAAGAAGAAUUAAAUAACAAAUGGAAAGAUGCCCAAGAGCAACUAUCAAGGUUGAAGGAUGAAGAGAUAAGUGCCGCAGCUAUUAAAGCACAGUUUGAGAAGCAGCUGUUAACAGAGAGAACACUCAAAACUCAAGCUGUGAAUAAGUUGGCCGAGAUCAUGAAUCGGAAAGAACCUGUCAAGCGUGGUAGUGACACAGAUGUGCGGAGAAAAGAAAAGGAGAAUAGAAAGCUACAUAUGGAGCUUAAAUCUGAACGUGAAAAACUGACCCAGCAGAUGAUCAAGUAUCAGAAAGAACUGAAUGAAAUGCAGGCUCAAAUAGCUGAAGAGAGUCAGAUUCGAAUUGAACUACAGAUGACACUGGACAGUAAAGACAGUGACAUUGAGCAGUUGCGGUCCCAGCUCCAGGCCUUGCAUAUUGGUCUGGAUAGUUCCAGUAUAGGCAGCGGACCAGGGGAUGCUGAAGCAGAUGAUGGGUUCCCAGAAUCAAGACUAGAAGGAUGGCUUUCAUUGCCUGUGCGAAACAACACUAAGAAAUUUGGAUGGGUUAAAAAGUAUGUGAUUGUAAGCAGUAAGAAGAUCCUUUUCUAUGACAGUGAACAGGAUAAAGAACAAUCUAAUCCUUACAUGGUUUUAGAUAUAGACAAGUUAUUUCAUGUCCGACCAGUUACACAGACAGAUGUGUAUAGAGCAGAUGCUAAAGAAAUUCCAAGGAUAUUCCAGAUUCUGUAUGCCAAUGAAGGGGAAAGUAAGAAGGAACAAGAAUUUCCAGUGGAGCCGGUGGGAGAAAAAUCAAAUUAUAUUUGCCACAAGGGACAUGAAUUUAUUCCUACUCUGUAUCAUUUCCCAACCAAUUGUGAGGCAUGUAUGAAGCCAUUGUGGCAUAUGUUUAAACCUCCUCCUGCUUUAGAGUGCCGUCGCUGUCACAUUAAAUGUCAUAAAGAUCACAUGGAUAAAAAGGAGGAAAUUAUAGCACCUUGCAAAGUGUAUUAUGAUAUUUCAUCGGCAAAGAAUCUAUUGUUAUUAGCAAAUUCUACAGAAGAGCAGCAGAAGUGGGUUAGUCGGUUAGUGAAAAAGAUACCGAAAAAGCCUCCGGCUCCAGACCCUUUUGCACGGUCGUCUCCUAGAACUUCAAUGAAAAUACAACAAAACCAGUCUAUUAGGCGGCCAAGUCGACAGCUUGCCCCAAACAAACCAAGCUAACUGCCUUCUAUGAAUGCAGUCAUUAUUCAAGGUGAUCAUAUUCUUACAGUUGAAACAAGACUGAAAUGUGAUGGCCCAAAAUUUAUUAAAAAGCUAUAUUUUCCUGAGAGACCGACACACACAUAUAUGUUCCCUUUAUUCCUGCAAUAUAAAUUCUAAAUGUUGGAUAGAUUUUUCUGGGCUCCUUUGGAGCAACAAGUUGAACGAACAGUGAUUGGUUAAUAGAGUAAGAGUAUCAUGUGCAACUCUUCCAAACUUGUUCCAUAAAGCUCUCUUAGCAUCACUCACACUACAUUGCAUAAAAGGACUGAGAAGAGUUAAAGAAAUCAUCUUUUCAGCUUCAGCAGAGAGAUUUCACCAGCACAUUUGCCAGAAGAAUCUGGGAAUGGAUUCCACUACGGUGAUAUAGACUGCAUCUUUAAGAAGUGACCAUUAUACUGUGUAUGUGUGUGUGUGUGUGUGGAUGUAUAUAUACACAUGUGCGCGCGCACACACACACACACACACACACACAUCUAUAUAGUACUGUAAUACUGCAAGAGGGUUUUUUUAACUUCCCACUUUAUUUUUUUAUAAACAUUAAUCAGAUAUCAUUACUUACUGCAGUUGCAACUAUGCAUUUGUAUAAAGCCAUAAUGUUGGAGUUUAUAUCACUCAUUUGUGUGUACCUGAUGGAAGCUGCAUGUUCAUGUUUAAGCAAUUACUGUAACAGGAAGUUUGACGUUAAUUAUAUCAGUUUCCUAAUGCUUCAUAAUAGGCAACUUUACCCAUUUUGAAUGCCUUAAUUUAAUUUUUUUUCAAAAUCUCUACCCUUUUCUGUAUUAAAAAAAAAAAGAAAAGAAAAAGUGUUUACCAGCUCUUAGGAUGCAAAUUUGCUUUGCAGAAGAAAAAUAGUGCACUAUUUUUACACAUAAUAGUUAACAAUGUCAGCCUAUUUUGAUUGUAUAAGAGAAUUUUUUUUUUUAAGUAUUGGUGAUAGAAACAGUAAUGGAUAGUAUUGGAACUAAUAUAUCUUUUAUGUAUGUCUAUUAUUCAUCCAACCCUUUUUACAGACCUCAGUAUUAGUGUGUGACUAUGAAAUGUUUUCUUUUAAUUUCCUGGCUACCCUAGGUAUGUUUUUAUUUCUGAUAAAGAUAUUUGUGACUAUUUUUACAUUUUCACACUCAAGAUUCAAAAAUU